AUGAGUCUCUUCGCAAGUUCGUCGAGAGAUUCAAAACAGCAGCAGCUGAGCACUCAGACAUCCCCGACAAGAUGGGAAUCAAGCUUUCGAAAACGGGCUUUGGUUCGAAUCAAAGUUGAAAGAGAGUCUGAUGCUCGACGAACCCGCAACCCUCCAGGACGCUUUGCACAGUCCCAAAAAUACGUCUGUCUUGAAGAAAGCAAGGCGCACCACUCAAAGAUUCAUGGAAUGACGAAGGAUCAUCUCGCAUGCAUCAUCUCGUCAAGAGUCAUCUCAUCAAGAGUCAUCUCGUCAAGAGAUAAAAGGAGGCCUCUAAGGAGUCUUUCACAGGGCAGCGACGAGUCCAAAUGGUGCAAACUCCAUGGACGAACCGAUCAUACUACAGAAGAAUGUAGGCGCAUCAACAGCAUGAUACUAGAGUACGGCAAUACUCCGCAAAGCCAAAUGAUGCUGAACGCCGCGACGAAAAUCGACGAGCUGCAAACCAGCGCCAAAGUAGAAAUACGACGCGCCAAGAUCGAAGACGACGACGCCGAGAAGAACGCGCCUGCAUCACUCCCUCACCAAGAUGAUCUGCCUCCGCCGCCGAAACGGCAAGUCCGAUAA